CUGGAGGAACUCUGGGUUUAUAUGGUUUCAAGCAUCAUCGAGCUCUGUCGUAGAAAGGAGCAGAGAUUUUUUCCGGUUCUGGAUUUGGGAGAUAGAUUAGAGAUGAAUAUGAGUGGUUUGGGAUGGGACGAUGAAGAGAAAUCGGUGGUUAGUGCCGUUUUAGGAAACCUAGCUUCUGAUUUUCUUAGAGCGAAUUCAAAUUCGAAUCAGAAUCUGUUUCUGGUUAUGGGAACUGACGAUAGCCUGAACAAGAAGCUCACUAGCCUCGUUGAUUGGCCAAACUCGGAGAAUUUCAGCUGGAACUACGCGAUUUUCUGGCAACAAACCAUGUCUAGAUCCGGACAUCAAGUCCUAGGUUGGGGAGAUGGUUCUUGUCGAGAGCCUAACGAGGAAGAGGAAUCGAGAUUGCUCAGGGGUUAUAACUGCAACGGCCUUGGGUUAGAGGAAGAGAGAUGGCAAGAUAUGAGGAAGAGAGUGUUGCAGAAGCUUCAUAGGUUGUUUGGUGGAUCUGAUGAAGACGAUUACGCUCUGAGCUUAGAGAAAGUUACAGCUACAGAGAUCUUCUUCUUGGCUUCCAUGUAUUUCUUCUUCAACCACGGAGAAGGAGGCCCUGGGAGGUGUUACGCCUCAGGGAAACACGUGUGGCUCUCUGAUGCGGUUAACUCUGAUUCCGAUUACUGUUUCAGGUCUUUCAUGGCGAAAUCCGCGGGAAUCAGAACGAUCGUUAUGGUUCCUACCGAUGCUGGUGUUCUCGAGCUUGGUUCCGUUUGGUCUUUGCCUGAGAAUGUUGAGCUGGUUAUCUCUGUUCAAGCCUUGUUCAUGAGGAGAGUUCCUUUGAUGGUGAAUUCAGCAAACACAAACUUGACCGGAGGAGGAGGAGGGAUUCACAAGCUUUUCGGGCAGGAGCUGAAUAACUCGGAACAUGGAGCUCAUCAACAUUUGGAUGAGAGGUUCGUGACUCGUCAGUCUUGGGAAGGGUAUAGCAACAAAGGCUACACACCUCAGAGAGUAGAUGUGAAAGCUCAAGUCGUUGUAGACGAUAACAGUUACAAGAUUCAGAUGGAGUCUGUAGCAGCUUCUUCGAAUCCUUCUACAAACACUCAGCUGGAAAAGUCAGAUUCUUGUACCGAGAAGAAACCAGUAAGCUUGUUGGUAGGAGGAGGAGCAGGAGCAGUUUCUGUUGUCGACGAGAAGAGACCGAGGAAGCGAGGGAGGAAGCCUGCGAACGGAAGAGAAGAGCCACUGAACCACGUGGAAGCUGAGAGACAGAGACGCGAGAAGCUCAACCAGAGAUUCUACGCUUUACGCUCGGUGGUUCCAAACAUUUCUAAAAUGGACAAAGCCUCUCUUCUUGGAGACGCCAUCUCUUACAUCAAAGAGCUUCAAGAGAAAGUAAAGACCAUGGAAGCUGAGAGAGUCAGAACAGAGAGCAGCAGCUUACCGGAAGAAAGUCCAGAAGUUGACAUUCAAACUGUGAACAACGAAGAGGUUGUUGUGAGAGUAACCUCACCCUUGGAUUCACAUCCAGCAUCAGGAAUCGUACAAGCUAUGAGAAACUCAGAGGUUAGCUUAAUGGAGUCUAAGCUAUCAUUAGCUGAAGAGACUGUGUUUCACACUUUUGUGAUCAAGUCUCAUAACGGGUCGGAUCCAUUGACGAAAGAGAAGCUUAUAGCUGCGGUUUACACGCAGAAGCCAUUACCGUCUUCUAGCUCACAGACGACGUCGAAGGAAGACAAUGAAGAAGACGACUCGUGGAAGGACUGGGGGAAGAAAGCCUCGACGCCGGAAUUCGAUCCGCCUCCGGAUUUCUCCAACAUGGGAUUCGAACAGAUCCAAGCGGAAAUGGCUAAACGAACUUUCGGACCUGUCGUCGGAUUCGUCAAGCUCCGGUUAGGCGUCCGCCGUACUAAGGAUAUGGUGGUGGAGAUUGCUAUGAAAUGGACAAAAGUUCUGAGAACAGGAGGGGUCGGAGUAAGAUUCAUGGCCGUAGAUCGAAGCACGGUGAUGUUCAAUAUGCAAAGUGGCAAGGAAGUGAAUGAGCUUAAGCGAAGGCAAAGCCAGAGCCAAGAAGAAGCGUGUUGCAAGUUUCUUCAUUCCUAAUGAAGUUAGUUUGACGCUACGUUAAACAUACCCAACCAAUCAAAUAUAUUUUCAGGUAUACUAAUAUAUUUUUCAACCGACUUUUUUUUUCGUUUUCACUAAAUUUUUAAACUUAAAUCAAAUAUAUUUUCAGAUAUAUUAUAUAUUUUUUAACCGAUUUUUUUUUGUUUUAACUAAAUUUUAAAAUUUAAAUCAAAUAUAUUUUCAGAUAUACUAUAUAUUUUUCAAC